AUGAGCUCGUAUUUAGACUUCUACUCCGAAGGCGACAUGAUGGCAUUGCCUGCGAAAUUCUGUCACGACGAACACAAACCAGGGACACUUCAGUACCACGGGGAGAUAGUUGGGAGACUUUCGUCAGGUAUGCUGGACCACCAGAGCAGCAGUCGAUCGAUAUCAGGAGGAGUGCAUCAUCAAGGUAUGUUUAAGGUGCCACGCGAUAGCGACGCAUCUGUAUCUGAUGGCAAUUACGUGGAUCAGGGACUUGCUUAUAAUUUGGCGUAUGGAUGCUACAACGACGUGGAACAGAACAGGGUGCAUACCCAGUGCAUGAACCCGGCAUAUUCAGGAAACCGUCCUUUCCCCAGCCAUCCCACAGAGACCUACUACCACGAUAUUACAGAAACAAACCAGCAGUGGCAGAGCAUAAAGAUAUCGCGAGGAUUCGUUGCUGCCAGUCAUCAGAAUUCAUCACCAUCCCAUGAGAAUUGUCCAAGAACUGGUCCUAGGCAAGAGGAGCCGCAAGUUGUGGCAAAUACAUUUGACUGGAUGAAAGUCAAAAGAAGCAACCCCAAAAUCAGUAAGUAAAUGCUACUCUAUAAUUGAACAUUACAAAUAAAACAUAUCAUUGAUUAACUUUAACUGACUAUAAAGACACAGACCUGACAUUAUUAUUUUACUAUUUUACAGGUAAAGCUAUUGAAUAUGGAUUAUCGAACGCCGGAUCAAUUCCAAGAACAAAUUUCACAACCAAGCAGUUAACAGAAUUAGAAAAAGAAUUUCAUUUCAACAAGUAUCUCACCAGGUCAAGAAGGGUUGAGAUAGCCCAUAGUGUGCACCUGAAUGAAACCCAGGUGAAAAUAUGGUUUCAAAACAGAAGAAUGAAACAGAAGAAGAGAGAGAAAGAAGGUCUUACAGGGAUGUGUGUGCUUCCCAUAUCGAAGAACUCGGACUCGUCCCCAUCAUCAGAACUCAACUCUCCAGUUUCAUCCCCUCCCUGCUCCCCAAUCAAGCUCUCCCACAGCCGAUAA